AUGACUACCCCCAAAAAACAAAGAACAGGACCAGAACUCAAAGUCUUCUUGAGGUCUGACAAAGCCACCUUACCCACUAAAGGUUCAGAAUUGGCCGCAGGCUACGAUUUAUACUCCUCUGAGGAUGCAGUGAUUCCUGCCAAGGGCCAAGGUAUGGUAAGCACUGACAUUAGCGUUAUAGUUCCAGUUGGUACUUAUGGCCGAGUCGCCCCCAGAUCUGGAUUGGCGGUCAAGCAUGGAAUCUCUACAGGCGCUGGAGUCAUUGAUGCCGAUUACAGAGGUGAGGUGAAAAUUGUCCUUUUCAACCAUUCCGAUAAAGACUUUAAAAUCGUUAAAGGUGACAGAAUUGCCCAAUUGGUUUUGGAACAGAUUAUCAAUGCUGAAAUUGUUUCCAUUACACAUGAGGAGUUGGACCAAACAGUACGAGGUGAAGGUGGAUUUGGAUCCACCGGAACAAACUAA